GUGACCAUAACAGGAAGCGGAUCCGUGCUUGUUCUUCUACUCGGUUUAUUGUGCUAACAUCGUGUACGUUUUCUACAUGAAAAAGAAAAGUCAGCUGUGUUUCAUUAGUUCGGCAAUGGCUAUUAUCUUCCUCGUAAUGUUUGUGAUGUAUAGCACCUUAAAUUCCCACUAUGUGGCAUUAGGACGUAAAAGGAACGUCAGUAUUGCAGGGAAAACCCUCUACAAGCUAGACGUCUCCUGGCCCAAAUAUUCAGAGCAUUUCACUGGAGAGGUUUUUGGAGUGGCUGUGAACCAUCAGGCUGGCGUAGUCUACGUUGCGCAGAGAGGUGAGAAUGUCCCCAAAGUGCUGGUGUUUAGUACAGAUGGAAACUUCCUGCAUGCCUGGAACACAAGCACACUGGAGAUGCCGCAUGGAAUUUUUCUGGCCAACGCUUCAAGUGUCCCCACUGUGUGGAUAACUGAUGUGGGGAAUGGGCCCUAUGGACACAGUAUAAAGCAGUAUUCUUCCUCAGGGAAGCUGCUACAGGUGCUGGGAACAGCAGGGAAAGCUGGCUCUGGUCUCACACCACUACAGUUUGAUCAGCCUGCUGACAUUUUCAUCCACGACUCCACCAGGGAGAUUUACAUUGUGGAUGGAGAUGGAGGAAUGAACAACCGGCUCAUCAAACUGUCCCAAGACCUGCAGAUGAUGUGGAUGCAUGGUGAGAAAGGUGAGGGACUCUCGCAGUUCUACAUCCCUCACAGUGUGGCUGUUGAUAAUUUUCAGAGGGUGUGGGUCGCAGACCGAGGAAAUAAGCGGAUUCAGGUGUUUAACUCUGUGACAGGAGACUGGCUGGGCUCAUGGGGAAGCUGCUUCACAGAUGAUGCACCCUACUCAGUGAGGCUCACCCCUGACCAGAAGUACCUGGUGGUUGCACAAUUAAACACGAACCGUAUCACUCUGCUGGAGGCUCCACCUGUGGGAAUUAUUGGUCAGUGUAAAGUGGUUAGUUCCAUCCAACUGGCUGAUGACAUUAAACCUCACCUGGUGGACUUGGAUCAGAAAACCGGAGCACUUUUUGUGGCGGAAAUCGGUGGUCAGCAGGCACAGAAGUUUGUACCGAUCACAUUUAGGAAUAAUGUUCUUUAAAUCGCAGACCUCACCUGCUCAGAGUGAGCGGGUUUAAAGAGAAGAUGACUUAAACUUGCCAUCAUUUAGAUUCAUUUUUAAUAAGGGUAUGUCAUAUUUGGGUUAAAUAUGAUACUAUAAUAAUGUAUGUAAAAAAUAUCUUCCAGAUGAUAGUUGAAGCUGAGAAAAGUGCACUUUAUUUUAGUAUUGCAGGAUGAUCAGAAUACUUUGUUUGCAGUUGUAUGUAAUACAAGAUGUCUGUGCAGGUGAAUGCUUUGACUGGAGGGAACAAAUCACUUUUGGCCUAAAAGCCAGUAUUUAAGUAUGAAUUUCAGUACAGGUUUAAGCACAUAAAUGUUAUUAAGUGUAUGGGUGUAUGCAUCUUGUUUAGCGUUGGUUGGUUACAUGUGCUUUUGAAUGUGACUGUAACUGUAUUUGCCAUGUCUUUUUGCACGAAUUCAUUCUCUAAUGCUUUAGCUUGUGUUAUAACAAAUUAAUGUUAAUGUAAAGCUCUGCUGUAAUUCCCGUUUGCUCUAGGAAUGUGAGUUUAUGCCUUCUCUGUGAUUUGUAAAAUAAUUAUGGAUCGACAUGCCACUAUAUAACUCGUUUUAAUCCAUCACUCUCUGUCUGUCUGUCUGUCUGUCUGGGACAUAUUUUAGAGUAAUUUAAAAUAUAAUGAAAGCAACUGUUAGGAGCAAUUUAUGUAUGAAUGAGAAUUCACGUAGAGUUUGUGAAAGAUUUUUAAAGUAGUUGGUAUUUUUAUAUGUGACUCUAAUGAUUAAGUUAGUCAGCUUUUCACUGUAUUUGUAAUGGACAAGUAUAGAGUGCGAAGUACAAGUGCAAACUUAAUAAGGAAGCUUCUUCUUCUUCUUUUUAUUAUUAUAUAUUGUCAGUGAGCAGUGGUCAUUGUUCUGUUGUUGCUUUGUUUAGGUGUUGUGUACAUUUCUUGUGUCUUUAUUUCUUUAAGUGUUAAUGUGUACAUUUGUAAUGUGAAUCAGUAUAGCAAAACAGAAUCAUGUAUCUACACUCAGUGUCAGUGUGACACUUGAUGCCACUGACUAGGUCUCUAUUUUACAAAGGUAAAGGGGCAAACAUCCGCAAAGUACAUAAAAAACUGCCAUUUGUCUUCAGGAAGAUAACUAAUGUAGGAUUAAAUCAAAACCAAAGUAUUCUAUAAAGCUGUAAAUGUCAGUACUCCUCUGUCAAUACAUUGCUCAUCUAAGA